AUGCAGGGGCCUGUGGCCUUGGUGCAACUCCCCUUAGAGAUUGUGGUGCCUGGGCUGUGUCCCAGGGAGGGGCUGGUUCAUCCCGAGCAUUGUCUGAGGCCCUACUCUGACCCCGCCGACCGGCGGCGAGGGGGUGCCUCCCGGCAACCAUCGUCCAGUACAGAGCACGGGAGAGCAGACGCCAGCCCCACCGGGGAACCGACGGCCAAACGAGCGUGGCCUUGCGGGCUGCCCGUCUGCCUGCACCGCCCGACCCUGGAAACCUGCCAGUCGCGGAGGAGCCCCGCGCUGCGGCCCGGGAAGGGUGUCUGGGAGAAGCGGGCGGGGGGCGGGGCAGGGGCCGGGGUGCUCUGCGUCUCUCUCGGGACUCGGGAGGCCUGGAACCUCGGCGUGGGGGUGGCGGGGGGUUCCGGGCCAGAGCUGCAGCCACCAGUGCCUUGUGUCAGAAGCAUCUUUCCCCUUGGACUGGACGAGGCCUCCCUGCCCGCUCUGCCAUCCCUGCCGCCCUGCAGCGGCCCGUUGGACCCUGUGUUCGCCCUCACCAUCCACCUCGAGUGUGCCGAAAACCCCAACCUGCCUGCCCAAGGCCCCGGCCGAGGCCAGCGGGGUUCGUUCAGGGUCGUGAGGACAGUGAAGUCAGAGGGCAUCCCCAAGGAGGAGGCCCUACCCCCGGCGCAGGAGAACCCCAACCUGCAAGCCCGGCGCCCAGCCGAAUGGCUGUUCCCUGUGAAGCUCAGCGUCCGCAGCGGCUCUGGCUCACGGGGGCCACCCGCCCGGACCUGA